AUGAGGGCGUCUCGAGCAUUGUCAACGACUUCUCGCCUCACUCGCAAAACCCAAGGUGGGUCAACUGGCGGCUCAAACACUAGACCACGAUCCCGGCGUGCAUCGACGUCAAUGGGCCAUGCAAACUCUGAAAUUGUAUGUGCAGUCGCAGAAUGUCGUGGUAUUUCUCCCGUCGUUGGUCUUUCUUUUGUCGAUAUCUCUACCUGUGAAGCUGUUCUCUGUCAAUUUUCCGAUACACAGACAUAUGCACGCACAUGUCACAAAAUCUCAGUCUACGGUCCUUCUGAAAUUCUUUACAUGCCAAAUGCCGCGGACUCGAAACUUGUCUCUAUCAUAUCUGAAAACCUUGACGUUGAAGAAAACGACAUUUCUAUGCACAAUGUAGACAGAAAGCAUUGGUCUGAAAGUGCUGGUCAUGAUUAUAUUGAAUUUCUGGCUUGUCCAAAUGAUCUUGACGCCUUGAAAAUCGCGCUUACAGGCAACAACUGUGCAACAUGCUGUUUCUCGGCAGUAUGUAAUGACAACAACAGAAUUCCUACAGCUAAACUGACGUUACAGGCAAUGAGAUACACUGAGCACGCACUGCAGAAGAUAUUUGCUCGCAAGUCGUUACGCGUCAGGUUCGAAACUGCCGAGGGUUCUAUGAUGAUUGAUCCAUCUACCAUUGCCUCGCUCGAGCUCGUCCAGAACGCACAAAAUGCAAAAUCUCGGGAGUGCCUCCUUGGAUUAUUAAACAAUACAUUGACUCCCAUGGGCGCUCGUUUUCUGAGAGCCAACAUUCUUCAACCUUCGACGGACGUCGAGAAAAUCAACAAACGGCAAGACGCUAUUGAGCAGUUGUCGAAACAAGAGCACACCCUAUCUGCUCUUCGUGACGCCAUGAGGUCUUUCGUGGAUAGUGAUCGUAUCCUUGCGGCCCUUGUGGUGAUGCCCACGAAACCCGAUUCCACCUAUACGGAACAAUCCGUGAACAAUGUGCUCAUGCUGAAAACCUUUGUUGACUCAAUUGCGCCAAUAUGGCGAGCACUAGGCAACAGCAAUUGCGAAGAACUAUCGAAUAUCUACCAGCUUUGCAGUUCGGAAAACUACGCAAAAGUUGAGAACAUAAUUUUGGAAACUAUCAAUGAGGAUGUCCAUUAUUCAACAAAGCCAACAGACCUACGUAAUCAACGAGUCUAUGCCAUACGCGCUGGUGUCGAUUCCGUGCUAGACGUGGCUCGCCAAACGUUCAAAGAAAUCAAUGAAGAUGUCUACAGGAUGGUCGAGGAGCUGAAAGUCGCACACGAACUCCCUUCCUGUGAUCUCAAAUUCGACACAGCCCGCCAGUAUUUCCUACGCAUCAACUGCGACGACUCCUUCAGUCAAAACCUUCCCGAAAUCUUGAUCAACAUAUUUCGCCGACCCAAGUAUAUAGAAUGCCAGACUCUUGACCUUGUCAAAAUGAACCAAAAGAUGCGCAACGCUCACGCUGAUAUCAUACACCUUGGCGAUGGCGCUGUCCAACAACUCAUCGGGACCGUCCGCUGUGAGAUUCACCCGCUCUUUAAAAUAUCCGAAGCCAUUGCACUUCUCGACAUGCUCUCGUCUCUUGCUCAACUCAGCAUCAUAAACAACUACACUCGUCCGGAGAUAACGGACACUCUCGGCCUCGAAGCCUGCCGUCAUCCUUUGAGGGAGAAGAUCCAGCUUGAACGUUUCGUCCCCAACCACGUGUACGCCACGCAGCAGACUCGCUUCCAGAUCAUCACAGGCUGCAACAUGAGUGGAAAGAGCACAUAUAUCCGCAGUAUUGCACUGGCGGUCAUCAUGGCCCAGAUGGGAAGCUUCGUCCCUGCAAGCUCCGCGAGUCUCCCCAUCAUACGGAACCUGUUCGCCCGUGCCUCGACGGACGAUAGCAUAGAAGCCAACAUUUCUUCCUUUUCGGGUGAAAUGCGCGAAAUGGCCUUCAUCCUACGUACGAUUUCCGAACAAAGCCUCGUCAUCAUCGACGAGCUGGGCCGUGGCACGAGCACGACGGAUGGAUUGGCCAUUGCGAUCGCGAUCGCCGAGGCCCUCGUCGAGUCCAAGGCGCUGGUGUGGUUUGUCACGCAUUUCCGUGAUCUGCCUAGGAUCCUGGCCGAGCGGGCAGGCGUGGUCAACCAUCAUCUCGCCGUGGACAUUGGCGACGACCUGUCCAAGAUGACGAUGAGGUACCAGAUCUCCGAUGGCUACGAGGAGAAAAGAUUCUACGGCCUGGCCUUGGCCAAGGUGGUCGGUCUGCCCGAGCCGGUCCUCGACGUGGCCGAGAGCGUGUCGCGGUCGUUGAACGAUCGGAACGACGCACAGAAACGGAACCCCAAGGCCGCGGCCGAGGCGAAACGGAGAAAGUUGCUGCUCAAUCUGCGCGAACACCUGGUGCAGGCGAGAGACAGUUGCGCGACCGGUCAGACGGAGACGGCCGAUCGCCGGGCGUGGUUGAUGAGACUACAGGACGAUUUCGCAUUGGGAAUGAGGGGCAUAGACAUUGAGGCUGGAGAAGUAGUAGAAGGGGACGGAGACGGCGAUACCGAAGCGACGCCGAGUGACGAACACACCGACACCGUCACCGACACCGACACCCCGGGUCGCCGCGGCCGACACAAAGACGCAGGCAUCAUCAUGCCCGGCGCAUCGAUGAUGGAGGAGGGCGGAAUGCAAAGCAACGGCAAACAUCAUGCGGAGACUCUCUCCGACACUCGUUCCUCCUCUUCUUCCUCUGUCGUCGAGGUCGUCGACAGGUCCGCCACCGUCCAAGGAAUCAAGAGGGAAGAUUUUGAGGAGCGGCACGAAGAAGAAGGAGUAGCAGUAGCAGCAGAAGAACAUGACUCUGACACGACGACCCACGUCGAUACUACGACGCACGGUAGUGAUGACCACUACGCGGACGAGUACGAUGACGACGACGACGACGACGAAGAAAUGAUGAUGCUCGAUCAUGAGCCUUGGUGA